AUACCGUGCAAACAGCAGAAACGGGAGUGAGGGUGAGGUGAUCAGCUGUCCAGAUCACUGGAGAAUAGUAUCAUUUAACGGGGGAAAAAGCCUGGCGAUUCUCCGGGGAAAGCGAAAUGUCCACGCGGAUAUUUGAAGGAAACUCCUGAUUUUCUUCAUCGAGUCUUUGUUUUAUAUUUAAAAGUUUAUUCAAGUAGCUGCAGCAAAAAGGUCAGAGAAAAAUAAGGCAAAUCAAAUCCAGCACAGUUUUAAGGAGCCAUCAUUGGAAAACAUUUUUUCAUCUUCUCGUAUUGGAUUCAAAUGAAGGAGAACAAGAUUGGAAGUCCAGGGAUGACCAUCCUCAGUCCAUGUCGAGUGGUCUGUACUGUGGGUAUGAUUGUCAUCAUUCUGGGGGGUCUGGGAGCCGCAAUCUGGGCUCUUGUCACAUAUCUUAAAACAACAGAAGAUACAGGACUGUAUAAUGUUCAGGUGAGCGCCGCAGAUCAGAGGCUGAGAGUGUUUGACUCCACACAGAGAAGAUGGAAACACGUCUGCUCGUCCAGCGCCAACCAGCUCAUCGCCAACAUCAGCUGUGAGGAAAUGGGCUUUGUCAGAGCAGUAAAUUUCUCACUAACAUGUGCGCCCGAAAGCAGCGGAGAUCAGGAUUUUUUCUGCGUGAAAGAGACCGAGUUAACUUACGGGAAGAAGAUAAAAACAGCUCUGUAUCCUUGUAAAUGUGACCGAGGACAGAUUCUAGAAGUGAUUUGUCAUGACUGUGGUCGCCGUAUGCUUCCUGAGGAAAGGAUCGUAGGUGGAGUUGAUGCCCGUCAGGGUUCAUGGCCGUGGCAGGUUAGCUUACAGUACGAUGGGGUUCAUCAGUGUGGUGGGUCCAUCAUUUCUGACCGCUGGAUCGUCAGUGCAGCACACUGCUUUCCUGAGAGGUAUCGGCACGCUUCACGCUGGCGGGUUCUUAUGGGGACUAUCUAUAACACCCCAAUCCGUAAGAACGUCGUGAUCGCUGAGGUGAAAACAGUCGUGUAUCACAGCAGCUACCUGCCCUUUGUUGAUGCCAACAUUGAUGAUAACAGUCGAGAUAUUGCAGUCCUGGCACUGACCAAACCUUUGCAGUUUACAGAUUUCAUCCAACCAGUGUGUCUUCCCACCUACGGCCAGCGGCUGGUGGAUGGACAGAUGGGUACGGUAACCGGAUGGGGUAAUGUGGAGUAUUAUGGUACUCAAGCUAAUGUCCUCCAAGAAGCUCAUGUUCCCAUCAUCAGUGAUGCUGUGUGCAACGGGCCGGAUUACUAUGACAACCAGAUCACAACCACCAUGUUCUGUGCUGGAUAUGAGAAGGGAGGAACCGACUCCUGCCAGGGAGACAGCGGUGGUCCGUUCGUAGCAGCUGACAUUCUUUCUAAGACCAGCCGCUAUCGUCUGAUGGGAGUGGUGAGUUGGGGCACAGGCUGUGCCAUGGCCAAAAAGCCUGGCGUCUACACCCGCGUGUCUCGCUUCCUGCCCUGGAUAUCUGCAGCCAUGAGGAUGUACGAAAAUUCCCCAGGAGUGCACAAAAUGGCCCGGGCUGUAACUCCAUAGCCUUUAAAAAUGGAAAAUGUUCUUCAUAAGACUGAAAAAUUCUAAGUGGAGCUCAGAUUUGUAGCUCUGAUCAGCCCGAGAUCAGACAUCUUAUGUUGAUCAGACCGAGCACAGAUGUUCGGUGUUGAUCAACAUGUUUUGAGGAAAAUGACUCAUAGAGACCAGAAACUAUUUUUGAUGAUGUGCAAUUUUAAUAACAAUGAAAAAUGCUUAAUUUUUCUUUAAACUUUGUCACCAAAAUUGUCAGAUAAUCUCCAAAAAAGGAAUUCAGAAAAACAUGAAAGUAAAAAAUACCUUUUACAAAGAUAUAUAGAAAAAAAUGCUUAAUGUUUUUGUAAAACAUUGGUCUGCACAGAGUGUAUUUUAGAGUUGACUCUAGAUGUAUUGUUUCCUUUUGUAUUCAUUUAAUAUUGCAAGCCGUGUUGGGGUAAUCGGUUACAAGUAACAUGCAUUAUGUAACCAGAUUUAUUCUUCUAAAGUCAUGCCAUUACUUUUUAAAGACCUUAGUCAGGCACAGAGAUGGUACAGAAGGCCAAAGAAUUCAAUUUCUGCAAUGGAAAUAUUCUCGUUAUUUUUAAAUCCAUAUUUUGCCCUAUUUUGUCAAAGAUAACUUUAUUAAAUGUUUACCUGCGCUUAUAGUUAUGCACAAAAUCCUACCAUUGAGCGUUACCUAUUUGACUUAGGCAGUAAAAAGCCUAUUUGGCACUUUUUUCAUUAUUUCAAUGGGCCGUAAAUUUACUUUGUGAUUUCAUUUUAGAGAAACCGCUACAACUACUCUAAAUUUUUUAUCUUUAGGCCAUUGCCUACUACUUUACAAAAUUUAUGAUUUUGAACUUUUUAAUAAAAAAGUUGUAAUGGUGUAGAUAUAACCCUCAAUAAGUGGUCAGAAUUUAACAAUAGUCUAAAUUGGAUUUUAAAAGAAAAGGUGUGUUAUAAAGGCUGUGUUGCUGAAUGUAUUACAGCAAACACAACUGCAACAAAGAAAGUCUCAAUAGACAGUUUCGUUGGAUGCUUGGCCUAGCCCAAAGUUAACUUCCUGUCUGUGUUUGGUUAUAACAAUUUAUUUUACAAUAUAUUUAAUGUAUAUUAAUUGUAUUAAAUAAUGAGAGAUUUUUUUAUUUUGGGGUAAACCUUUACUCACCCUCAGAUUCUUUCAAACCUGAAUAGAUCUUUUAUUCUACUGAACAGAGGAAGAUAUUUGGAAUAAUGUCAGUAAUCAAACGGAUGUCAUCUCCCAUUUACAGCCUUAGGGAAGAUAUGGGAGUCACUGGGGGAUGAGAUCUGUUUGGUAACUGACAUUCUUCCAAACAUCUUCCUAUGUGUUUAGCAGAACAAAGAAAUUUAUACAGGUUCAAAACAAUCUGAGAGUCUGUAAAUGAUGACAGAAAUGUCAUUUUUGGGCGAACUAUCACUUUAAAUUAAAGCAACUCAACGGUUAUUGAUUCUUUGCACAGGUCGGAAGUAAAGUUUGGGCUUUGAGUUAUGUAAUUGCUGCUGAAACUGUCCAUAUGCCAAAAAAUGCCUGGAAGGCCUCAAAGAGAAUGAGUAGUCGGGAAUACCAAUAUGCAAAACUUUCUAAAUAAAGACAGAAAGUUGUAAUGCAUUACUUUUAAAAGUAACGUUCCCCAACACUGAUUGCAAUUGACCAUUAUAAAAAAGAUUUCAUUGAUUUAUGUUUAAAACAUUUUUACAUAUCAGAGACUGAAUGGACAAACAGAAUGAUCAAACCCCAGACAGUAGUUAAAAAUAGAGUUUAUUAAAACUGAAAUGCAGUAUUUACAAAAAAUGUGUUUACUAGUAUAAUGACACAGGUACAGUACGGCAACAUAACUUUAUAUAUGAAGGCAAAACAUUUUGUAAGUUUAUAUGUAAGACUUUCUCAUGAAUUUCUAGAGUAAUACAGGUCUCUGUAAAAUGUGCCAUGGUUGUACUACAAAGAUUUUAUGAAUGUAAACUGCAAACACACUACGGCCAAAUCGAUGCCAAGGUUUUAAAAGAUUUUUGGAGUACCGAUCUACCUGAAUAAAAAACAGUAAUGUAAAGACACAAACCAAAGCUUGGACGAACUAUUUGAGUAAUGUUGUGGCAGUCAGUAUUGUUGCUUUAUUGUUGUAAAUAUAUCCAGCUUCUUUACUAUGCAAUGCACUGUUUAAUUCAGUUUUAUGUCUAAUUUUAUUUUAAGCUGCUACGUUGUGAUCCUCAUUUUCUACCAUUGCCUUUGAGACUGUUCUAGAAAUUUAGUAGCUCUGAAGGCCUAACGUAUAAACAGGAUAAGAGAAUAACUCAAGCAAGGGUUUUGAGUCUAUUUGUGUGUGUGUGUGUGCGUGCGUGUGUGCGUGCGUGUGUGCGUGCGUGUGUGCGUGCGUGUGCGUGCGUGUGUGUGUGUGUGUGUGUGUACGUAAGUGUAUAGUGAGAGAAAGAGAGCAAGAAAAAAGAGAGACUAGACAUAUAUAUACACAGUACAUUUUUGUUUUCUUUUGAUGUUCAUGAAACUAUUUAGUAUUGAAUGUAUGUACAAUACUUUCACAAAUACAAAUCUCACCUAUUUGACUGUAAAGAAUGACUUAAUUUUCUUGAUUUUUAAUAAAAUAUUGUUGGAAAUGACAAAGCGA